AUGGGAGGAGCAUGGCAAGAAGCGGUGGUGCGGUCUAUAGGCGCGGCCGAUGAACGGAUGGUGCGGCUGUCGGGCUGGGCGAGCCUGGCGCUGGCGCUGGGGUUGGUGUGCGUGGUGGUGCCGGUUGUGAACUACAUGCGGCUGAACCCGUGGGUUUUCAGGGUGAUGCACCACUGGCGGCAUCACGUGAUGCGGCGGCACGGUGCGAUGUGCCGGAAGUUGGUGCAGCAGCGGACGCUGUGGCUAGCGCUGCUGUGGUGCAUGUUGGGCGGGGCGUGCGCAGUGGUGGGGAGCGCGGACGUGGUAGUGGUGACGAAGCGGCUGGGGCGCGUGGCGGCGGCGUUCAUGCCUGCGCUGUUUCUGUUGACGCUGCGGCCGUCGCCGCUGCCGUAUACGCUGUACCUGUCACUGCUGCCGAUGCACAAGUGGCUGGGGCGCGUGGUGGUGCUGCAGGCGACGGUGCACAGCGCGCUGUACACAUGGUACUUUGCGACGUCGGGGAAGAUGGCAAAGAUGAAAAAGACGGCGAACUGGAUGGGCGCUGUGGCGCUGCUGGCGUUUGUGCUGAUCGCGGCGACAUCGCUGCCUGCGGUGCGCAGGCGCCGGUUCAGGACCUUCUACUACGUGCAUUAUGUGGGGACGUGGGUGUCGGUGCUUGCGGUGCAUGUGCACUCGCGGCCCCCGGUGACAACGUACACGGUGCUGAAUGUCGCGCUCCUGCUAUACCAGGCGUGGUAUCGCAUUAGCAGGAUGAGCACGACUACCGUGACGGUGGUGCCGAUCUCGACGUCGCUGGCGCUACUGGAAUUUCCGCUAGCGGAUCUGGUGGAAAAACCACAGCUGCCUUCCGGGCACGUGCGCAUCAACCUACGAGCGCCAAGCAUCUUGGGGAGAGUAUUUCAGCAUAUUAUGCCGAUGCAGCAUCCAUUUACAGUCGCAUCGUUGCCAACGGAUACGACGGUGCGCCUGAUCGUGCGAAAGUCCCGCUUCCCCCUGGUAAACAAUGGGAAGUAUUAUGUGACCGGAGCCUUCGAGCCCAAGGUUGAUUUUCUUUCUCACCGAAAACGGCGCAUGCCUGGUUCAUGGGCUCCAGAACCGGCUUCUCCGUUUCAGUGUCAGUCGCCGUCACUACAAUCAUCUCCUCUCCAUUAUAACAUCAAGGCAUCGAGGGUGCUUAUGGUAGUUGGUGGCAGCGCAAUUUCGUUUGGGCUGCCAUUUUUGCGUAUUCUGAACUUUAACGGUGUGAACGUGCGGCUAAUAUGGGUCUGUCGAGACUACCACGAUUUGCGUAUCUUGAGUCAAUUUAGAAGCAAUUUCAAUGGGCUGGAAAUUUAUGUGACGGGUACAAAUUGUGAAGAACAGGAUCUUAACAUAGAUUACGUGGACUAUGAUGAAAGAAGUUCUGAGGGCGAGCGCGAUCCUGAACGUUGUGCGUUGCUCUCUCCAAAAGCCAGCGAAUAUAAUUGCCUGACUCCCACGACAGGUGGGAGCACGUUAUCGGGCAGAGACGCCCAUAACUACUCAACCUUCCAGAAUCGAUGUCACAGCUGUAAACAUCUUGACCGGGGUUGCCGAGAUUUGGAGGAUCAUGCAAUAGCUGACAUCAACGAUGAAAUUGAUUUUACAGAUUUCUUCAGUACCCGCCACAGCACUUCUAAAUACCAUCCAAAGGAAAACUCCAAGUUGCCUGUUAUUACCAAAGACUCUGUUUUUCGCAAGCCUAACUACGUCGUUCCUCCUGUCUUUGAUAGGUACGAUCUAAAAACUGGAUUCACCACAUACACUACGAGGGAAAAGCUGAGCAUCCCCACCGGAGUCAAAUUAUUUUUUGGUAGGCCAGUAUUGUCUCCCAGAGAUUAUCACUGGUGUCUUCAGAAAGAGUGCAUUGGGCCAUCAGAAACUAAUGAAUGCUGCCGGGCGGACAUUGCAAAUAGUACCCAUGUUGAUGAUCUAGCUCGCGUAUGGGUUUUGGCGGCCGGUCCCCAAGCAUUGGUAGAGGCUACCCGUAUCUGGGCUAGCGAUGGAGGUUUGCAUUUCCAUGAGGAGAGCUUCAAAGUCUGA